CAGCAAGAAGACCAAGAAAAUAUCAAACCAUUUUAGUAGCAUAGUGCGUGUGUGCAAGGCGGCCAAGCUAUAGCUUAUCAGAUAGUGUGGUUGGGCAAAGAUCUAUUAUCCAUGGCGAGAGUGUACUCUUCCUCUUCGUCUUCGUCGCCGGUGGCGGCGGCGAUGGCAGCGAGUGGGCAGAGGAGGGAGGUGUUCACGGUGUGGAUGAAGUCGCUGGUGCUCAACGGGCGGGGCUGCACCGUGUACGACUCCGGCGGCAGGAUCGUGUACCGCGUGGACAACUACGGCUCCAGGAGCUGCCACGACGUCUGCCUCAUGGACCUCCACGGUGGCAUCGUCCUCAACAUCCUCAAAAAGAAGCUGGCGUUUGGCAAGUGGGAGGGGUACAAGUGGAGCAACGACCGUAAGCAGCAAGCGUGGUUCACGGUGGCCCGGCCGCCGCUCUUUCGCCGGACCAGCCACCAAUCAUCAUCAUCGUCGUGCGAAUUCGAGACCGAACCUGGCCACACGAUGCGAUACAGGAUCGACGGCGGUGAGAAGCGGGCGUGCUGCAGGAUCGUUGACGAGGCGACCGGUGCCGUCGUGGCGGAGGUGAAGAGGAAGGUGACGGCGGGCGGGGUGGCGCUGGGGGAGGACGUGCUGGCGCUGGUGGUGGAGCCUGGCGUCGACCACUCGCUCAUCAUGGGGCUGGUGCUCAUCUACGGGCUCAUGAACCGCACCAUGUGAAUGGAAAGCAAAAGACGAAAUGGCUGUAUCAGAAAGCAGAAACCUCUUCCUUUAUUUCUACAGAAGAACGAGUCGUAGUGUAAUUUUGAUGGGCACUGAUCUGCAAGUAAUUUUGAUACCAUGAUGGGAUGGUCUAGCAAAGAUAGCUCUUUUUUUUUUGCUUCCUUGGCCCUUUCUUUUACUAAGUAAACAUUGUAGUCCUGUUAAGCAUAAUACGAUCAAUAAAAUUGGAUUGUAUUUGGCUU